UUCCGGUGCCCGAAGCCCACGCGUUCCAUCGGGCGCAGGGCAACGGGGACCACGCCCGGCAGGCACAACAGCCUCUCGCCCGCAGGUGAAGCUCCGCAGGCUGCACCGCCGUAAGCGGAAGCGGCCCUCGAUGGCCGUCCUGCAGCCCGGCUCGGCCGUCCCCCGUCGGCGCUCAGCGGCAGCGCCCCGCCCCGGCCCGGCCGCCCCGCGCCCGGCUCUGCGUCCUUGGCCCCCGCCGGCCGCGUGCUGCUCCGCGCCGCGGGCCGCUCUCCUACCUGGUAGCUGCCCAUUAACUCAGCGCCGCCGCCGCUCUCCGGAUGAACGGGGCCCGGGGCGGGGAACCGCGGGAAGCGAAAGCGAAAGCGGGCGUCGGAGCCGAGGCACCAUGGCGGUACCGCUGCUGGUGCGGCUCUGCCCCGCGCCCGACGACGGCGAGAAGGCGAUGCUGAAGCUGCACAGCUACUUCCAGUCACCCAAGCGCUCGGGGGGCGGCGAGUGCGAGGUGCGGGCGGACCCCGAGCCCGGCACCUACCGGGUGUACUUCAAGCUGGAGCGAGAUAAGAAGAGAGUGGAGUCCCGCGCGGAUCACAGCUUGGUGCUGGGGGGCAGGACGGUGGAGGUCGUCAUCCUGCAGCCCGGGGAAGGGGCUCGGAGCGAGGGCCCGGCCAUGGCGCAGGCCGCUCCCGGCCAACCCCAGCACCUCUCCCCGCCGGGAUCCGCAGGACUGCAGGCGGCUCAGGGACACCGGGACGCGGCAGCAGAAGUGCUGACCAAAAAGAUUUUUCUUACAGUGUCUGCGGUAUUGAAUACCAGUAUGUUCACUGAGCAGCAGAGGGAGAGAAUUGCUAUUAUUUGUCCAAACUUAAAAAGAGAAGGAAAUCCUGAUGUUGAUGGCUCUGAGAAACUGACAGGAGACUAUACAGAUAUAGAAAAAGCUUAUUGUUACUUUAAAGAUGUCCUUGCAGGCAAUGACCAACACUAUGAUUUCCUGCAUUCUGAAAGUAAGAAAGGUGUGGAAGAUGAGAAUGAUCUGAAUACCAAAGAAAUGAAUACUCUUAUAGUUCCAUCAGCUCUCUAUGAAUAUUUCUGUCAUACCUGCAAGGAACAAAUUAAAGAAAUGUAUGAACGUUUUGGAGUGGGUAUAAAAAGUAAAGAUUGUAACAAUGGAAACACUUUAAUAUCCUUCGCUUCUGAUACAAGUCCCACGUCAAUACGAAGAGCUAAUGAUUUUUUUACCAGCGCUUUUCAGAAGGUUGUUAAAGAUGUGACACAGGAAGAAAUUCCCGUAGCAAACAGUUACCAGUUAAAUGAGGCAAUGAUGAAGUUAAAUGCUAAGUUUAGUAAUCUUCUCACCAAACAGAAAGAUAAUCAAUUGCUCCUCCGUGGUCCAACAAAUGAGAUUUUAGCUGCCAAAAAAUUUCUAGCGGAGGAAAAGGAGAACAACCAAGAUGAAAAGAAUACCAAAAUAUCUGAACCGAACGCCUACAGCAGUGGAAUUGAAGUUGAUGCUUCUCUGUUUAAGCUGCUGGAACCUGUGUUAAGGAAAGAAAUUGAAGACAUUGAAGAAAGCUUUGAUGUUGUAAUAGAAAAGAUAGGCAGUUCAGGUAGCCAGCAGAUGCUCUUAGUUUUUAAGCCUAGGAACAAAACUUCUGAUCUGCUUCCACAUUCUAUUGAAAGUUUCAUCAAUGGUUUUCAGAAUGCCUUAGCAAUGUUAAGAGAAAAACUCAUCAGCUGGAAGCUUUCAGAACAUCAGAAAAGGAAAUUAAAUAUGCUUCUGGAUGAAAAGCAUUUGGAAAGCCUGCAUGUAAAACUUAAGACGACGGAAGACAAAUUAAUUUUAUGUGGUUUACCAAACCAUCUUCCUGCUGCUGAAAAGCUCAUUAGGAACCUUCUUAAUGCUGAAAACUCUGCAGAAACUAAAAAAAGGACACCGCUGUCCUCUGACCGCUACAACCAAGAAGCUUCAGGAGUGUCUGAGGAGAAAUACAGUGGCAGGCAAAAGAGUAGUUAUUCUUCCACGAAACAGGCUAAGGCAAAGGCCGAAGACACCGAUGAUACGUGCCCUAUUUGCAUGGAUAAAAUUAAUAAUAAAGAGAUCCUGACAAAGUGCAAACAUGCAUUUUGCAAAAGUUGCAUCAGCAUGGCUUUGGAAUACAAGAAAACUUGUCCCGUGUGUAAUACUGUCUAUGGGCUCGUGCAAGGAGAUCAACCAGAGGGAAGAAUGCAUUUUAGAAGGAUUUCUUCCACUCUCCCUGGCUAUCCUGGUUGUGGUACUAUUGAGAUUGAAUAUGUUAUGCAAAGUGGUAUUCAAACUGAGAACCAUCCAAACCCAGGGAAACCUUAUUAUGGAAUCACUCGAACGGCAUAUUUGCCUGACAAUAAGGAAGGGCAAGAAGUUCUGCAGCUCCUCAGAAGAGCCUUUAACCAAAAACUGAUUUUCACAGUGGGGAAUUCACGUACUACUGGUGCGGAAGAUGUUAUCACAUGGAAUGAUAUUCACCACAAAACCUCCAUGUAUGGUGGCCCUAUGAAAUUUGGUUACCCUGAUCCUGAUUAUCUGAAGAGGGUUCGAUCAGAACUGAAAGCAAGAGGAAUUGAAUAAAGAAAUCUAUCGGCUGUCAACUGUGAAGUGUGAUGACUCAACAUGCAGCAGUUCCUCUACUAUUCUGGCACUACAAGGGGAGAAGUUGGUUUGUUCAACUGCUAUACUUAAGUCGCCUGUAUUUCACUCUCAGCUAAGAAAAGUAAUCUUCUCUGAUCAGGCUGUGUUUGUUUCUUUUGCACGACUUGCUUCUGUGAACAAUGCUUCCCUAUAUACUUCCUCCCUUACAGAAUCUGGGACCUGUGAGUCCACCAUCUGUACUUGCACUCGUCAGACAGCAGAUUGUGUGUCUUACUCUCAUUUUACCAGUGAAUCUGAUCUGCAUUUUAUCCCACAGGCCUUCAGUCUGACCGCUGAACUGACAAAACCAUUACUAGCUUGUCUUCUGCCAAAUACUUGACCUUCACUAUAUUACAUCAGCUGUUCUAUAUGCCAUCAUGUAACCUAUGUGCUGGAGGAUUUUUAUGUGUGUGAUGCAGUAUCAGCUGUAUAUGGCCAUCCUGCUUUGCUUCUUUUUCUUUCCAGGGUACAAAUGGCGUUAGUGGUGUGGCUUCUAACAAUGUGAUGAGCACUGAUAAUGGUGUGGAUAGGCUCUGUGGUUGCUGCUGUAUUUUUAACUGUGUCCAGAAAUACUGAAUGCUCAGAGAGCCUCCUUGGAACGAAAGGAAAGUAACAGUGCUUACCGCCAUCUCUGGUAAUGAGGUCCAGCUCUGUGCCCUUUGUUAUAUUUAAGCUUAAAUAUUACUUUUAAGUCAGCUUUGUUUGUAACAACACUAUUCUUCCCAUUGAUUCCAACACGUGGUUUAAAUUCUAUAAUAAAAAUACUUUGCCAUUCUUCUU